GUUGUUUUUGAAUUGGAAAAUGAAAAGUGGAAGUUAUUUUAAUGGUUCAUUGAAUACUCUUAACAAUAGUGAACGAUCAAAAAAUUUAAGUGCAUUUAAUAAACUAUCAACUAAAAUAUCGUUCAAUAACAACAACAACAACACAGACGGAUAUUCAGAUCGUGAAAGUGUUGCCAGUAGUGCACGUGGAAAACGUACAAGAUCAAGAGUCGUACCUAUGAAGGCUUCAAAAAAUAUUUCCAAAAAGACAAAAACAAUGGAUUACACGAACUAUGCCUACAAUGAAGCUGUAGGUCGUUUAAAAUUAAUGUUAGCUGAUUCUUAUGCUCCUUUAAAGACCUCGUCAUCAUACAUGAGAAAUAUUAAUGAUGAUUCGGACAAUUUCUCAGAUAACCUUUCGGUUGUUGAACGACCUGUUAUGUCUGAGAUUUCAAAAUACCUAUCAACGAGUUACAAAAAUCCAAGGACCUCGUAUCGCAGCAAGUAUAAAAGUUUCCAACCAUCAUCAGUUUCGAAAGAGAAUUUAACAACCACUACUACGCAUUACACUCCCACUCCCAUUCAGGAUUAUGCGGUGUCUUCAGCUCAGCCAGAUACGAACAUAGUUCAGGCUCCAGCAGAAAUAUUUAAUUUCAUCGAAAAGCAGGAGGAUUACAUCGAACAACUUGAAAAAGAGUCAAAGUUUUGUAGGAAUGAACUUUCAAACCUACUUGGCAAAGUGAAGGACGUAAUAAGUGAAAACGAAGCUUUAACUGAUAACGCUCGAUCGGAACUUGCUGGACUUGGUGAGAAAGUAAGCGCAUCUUCGGAAAGCGAAGACAACCUUCGAUAUUGUAAAUCACCAAAAAAACGAGAGAAGGCCUCUCCGAGAUAUUCCGGGGGCCCAAGCAUUGUUUAUGAAUCGAAAAUCAGUCAAUUGGAAGCCGAGUUAGCUCAAUCAAAUAUCGAUCUUCGAAAAGUACGCGGCGAAAAUGAAGAUUUGAAGAGAAAAUUAUCCUAUCCAGUUGGUGGUACGCUGUCUAGUUCCCUGAAUUGUGAAACACAUCGAAAGCAAAUUGAAACCUUACAAAUGGAUAAAGUCGCAUUGGAAGAAAAUAUUCGUCAAUUGCAAAAGACCAUCGAUGAAAUGAAAGCUUCCAAUCUUUAUGGAUCAUCAAAGCGAUACGCAAAUGAUUUGGAACGUUCUCAUUCUGAACUGGAAAUCAAGCAUUUAAGAGAAGAACUUGAUCGACAGCAUGAACGAGUUCGAGAACUUCAACACGAAAUGGCACGGAGAAUAUCGGAUGAACGAGCUAAUGCUGAACGUAGGUACAACAAUCAGGUAGAUCAGCUGGGCGGUGAUUUAUCGACGCAAUGGGAUCAAGUAACGAAACUUCAACUGGACUUGGAAAGACAAAAACGACUGGAAUCGGAUUUAAAACGGGAUCUAUCUCAAAGGAAUGCGCAAAUUGAUGAAUUAAAAAUGGAAUUAAAGGCAAAUCGAACUUCAUUUUUGUCGGACAUAGCUCAAGUGAGUGCAGAAAAGCAAUCACUUGAACAAGAAAUUACAUCAUUGCGACUUCAAUUGGACCGUUCGGAAAGGCAAGGAAAAGUUGAGACAUCUCGGCUUACAGCUGAGAUAAGUUCUUUGAGGCAACGAUUGGAUCGAGCUGAUGCAGAUUUGUUGCAUUCGAAAAGAGAAGUUCUUCGACUUAAUGAUGAAAUAGCGAAUUUGGAAAAGGAGUUGGCAUAUGGUGAAAUGAAAAAUGAAAUUCGUCCUACUAAAAAGGAUCUGGAUAAGCGUAUUUCUGAAAUACAAGAAAAACAUGCCGACACUGUUGUCGAACUUGAAGAAAUGAUACAAAGCCAGAAGCAACUCAUGGAUAAACUAACUACCGAAUGUAAAACUUUGACCAAAAAACUAGAGGACACAACAUUAAAAAAUAAUGAAGAAAAAAACCAAUUGCGUCACACAAAUGAGAUGUUAAUGGAUCGUUUGCGACAAAUUUGGGCCAGCUAUAAAGAGCUGAAUCUUAAAAAUGUUUGCAGGUCAAGUGACGAUGCAAGUGAUGUAGAUUCUUGUCGAGGGGAGCAAUUGAAAAAUUUACAAAUUCAACAACAGCACCACUUGAGUAUAAACCUUCCUACAGCACCGAAAGCCGAGCCGCUUUGGACUCCGAAAUCAUAUCAUCCCCUCCAACCACAAAGAAACCAUCACCUUACAGCUAUGAAAGUUCCAUUAAUCCCGCUCAAGUCUCGGACGACUACCUUAGUACCGAGCCAAAAAAGUCUCUCAUUGAGCCCAGAACAACAACAACAACAAACUACGAGUCCACCCUCGGAAACUAUGACUAUGGCGACGAUGAAAACCAAAAAGACAGUCUUGGUGAGGGAGAAAAGCAUCGCAACGGAGGAGACAUUCAACCCACAAAUGACUACUCAGCCAAAUCCUCUAUUAUUGACCAAUCUGCAAAGCCAUUAUCCACAGACACUAAGCAGUUCGACAAAGAUGAUUACCAAGUUGGAGAUCCAGCCAACCAAUUAUAUGCCCCUGAAUCAGCAAAUCCAGCAACAGACUACAGUACAGAAUAUACCGGCUACGACGGAUACGAGCAGCAACCCUAUACUGGAACCGGUUACGACCAAACCUAUGACAGACAAUACGAUGGAACUCAGGCAUAUGAAGGAACCCCUCUCGAUCAAUACGACGGAAGUCAACAACAGUACGACACCAACCAAUAUGGAGACUAUGGAGCUCAAGACUACGAGCAGCCCUACCAAUCCCAAUACGAGUCGACACUUCCAACUGACGUCCAAGCACCAUCCGAAAUUAGCGAACCCACAACAGAGCUUCCACCAGUCAAGUCCAGUCCGCCAGUACCGACCAGCACCAGUGCAGGAAUCACCCCGGUCACUGGCACUCGCCCGUCAACGGAGAGCCGCACUCAACCGCGACCGGGCAAUAGCACUUUGGGGACAGCAGGUGCAGGAACAAAUGCAGGGAACAAGCUCGCAACUCCUUUGUCGCAACAGCCUGCCGCGACAGCUAAAGGAUUAUCAGGUGGAAGAAAAGACUAGUAGCGCUGAGGAAAUGAUUGAUCCUCUCGAUUUGGAAUUUUGUGUGAGUAGUCCCAGUUUAUUUGAACGUUCAUGUGCUUCCUCCGACUCUGCGGGAUCUGAUUCGACCGAAAUGAGUGCAUCGCCGAGAACAGCCAUUCAGAAAAUAACUUGAAUUAUUUUGAAAA